CUCGUCGGUUGUCACCGCCACAUUGGCAACCCACAGCAGCACCUUUAUCUCGCACAGAAACCGCUCACCUUCUGGCGACAGGUCGCGGCUCUCACCGAAUAUCCCGAGCUGAUGGAGCAGCCAGGGAUCGACCAGAUCUUUCCCAAGGACACACAGGAACGCGCCAAGUUGCUUCUCAAAGAUAUCGGCAGCGUCGGUGCCUACUCGCACUCCAAGGGCGCUUCCAUCGUUCGCAAGCACGUCGCCGAGUUCAUCGAACAGCGAGAUGGCUACCCUUCGGAUCCUGAGCUUAUCUAUCUGACUACAGGUGCCAGUGGUGGUGUCCAGCUCUUGUUGCAGGUUCUCAUUGCUGGUCCCGAUUCAGGUGUUAUGAUCCCCAUCCCUCAGUAUCCGCUCUACAGCGCUGCACUUGCUCUGUACAACGCCCAGCCGGUCAAGUACGACCUCAACCCGUUUGACGACUGGUCGCUUGACGUCGAUGCCAUGUCGCGCUCCAUCGACCAGGCGCGCUCCAACGGAGUCGACGUUCGCGCCUGCGCCGUUAUCAACCCAGGCAACCCUACCGGUCAGUGUCUCUCGUACCAAAACAUCCAAGACCUCAUCCGCAUGGCCUACAACAAGCGUGUCGUUCUUCUGGCCGACGAAGUGUACCAGGCCAACAUCUAUCAACCCGACACCCGACCGUUCCACUCUUUCAAAAAGGUGCUGAUGGACUUCCAGUCCUCCGACAAUGCUGCUGAGCGCGACAUUGCUACCAGCGUCGAGCUGGUUUCGUUCCACAGUAUCUCGAAGGGUGUCUCGGGCGAAUGUGGUCGACGAGGUGGCUACUUUGAGCUUACCAACAUGGAUGCCGAUGUUGAGGCGCAGAUCUACAAGCUUGCAUCCAUCUCGCUUUGCCCCUCGCUUCAAGGUCAGAUUGGUGUCGACAUGCUUGUCAAGCCGCCCGUUCCAGGCACCCCUUCAUACGAUCUCUACCAGAAGGAAGUGGAGGGGAUCCAUGCGACGCUCAAAUCGCGAAGCGAACGCAUGGCGGAAAAGUUUGCCCAACUGCCCGGAGUUCAAGUCGACCCUGCCCAAGGAGCUCUGUACCUGUUCCCGCGCGUGACGCUGCCCAAGAAGGCGCACGAGGCGGCAAAGGACAAGGGCAAGAAGGUCGACGAAUUCUACUGUCUGGAAAUGCUCGAUGCUACAGGUAUCUGCGUUGUUCCCGGAAGCGGUUUUGGAAAGAUGCCAGAGGAGGAGACCGGCGCAUGCUUCUUCAGGACCACCGUACUGGCCAAGGAGACAGACGAGUUCAUUGAGCGCUAUGGCAAGUUCCACAUUGACUUUAUGAACAAGUACAACUAG